AUGCAGCCCCAGCGACGUCCGCGUGAGUCCCUCACGCCCCAGCAGCUGCGUGAGUGGUACGCUGGUUGGGGUUCUAGGGGUGGCGACGCUGCUACUGCUACCACUACUGCUGCUACUACUACUGGCGGCGGCCAGAUGCAGCUCCAGCGACGCCCACGCGCGUCUCUCACGCCCCAGCAGCUUCGUGAGUGGUACGCUCAGAGUAGAGGGUCUCUCAGUUCUGUUCGCUGCUCUUACGUGAUUCGCACUGGUGCUCGGACUGGUCAGCCUUGUAGGACACCUAGUCACACACAGUCCCGCUGCUUCGCCCGUCUGAGCGACGCCUGGCGUACCGAGUUUGGCGACGAGGCUGAGCUCCCCGACUGGGUGGAGUUGCUUAGGCAGAGGGUAGAUAUAUUUGCUCUUGACUAUGAUGCUAUUCUCACUGCCAUGUAUGCAUUGCCUACUAGUGCUGACCGUGCCGGUCACUUGUGCGUACCGCCUGACCCGGGUAUAGAGCCUGCUGCUCUAGUUGCUGGUGAGGCUGCUGCUCUGGGUGCUAGUGAGUCUCCUGCUCCAGGUACAGGUGCGGCUGCUGCUCUAGGUGCUAGUGAGUCUGCUUCCUCAGGUGUGGGUGAGUCUGCUCUCUCAGGUACCGCGUCGGCUCUGGCCUCUCACACCUUCACUCUUCACUCGGGGGCUUCCCGCUCCUUCUUUCGAGACCGCACCACACUCAUGCCGCUUGGUCAGCCAGUUGCAGUCUCUCUGGCAGACCCCUCUGGGGGUCCCGUCCUUGCUCACUUCUCCACUGUCCUCCCGUUUCCGGCGGCCCCCUCUGGCACCCUCUCUGGUCUUUAUCUCCCCUCUUUCUCUACAAACUUGGUGAGUGGUGCUGACCUACAGGAUGCGGGGGUUCACCAGUUCACUCCUGCGAGUCAGCGGGUGACCCACUGCACGGACGCUCGGACAGGCCGACACCUGGCCACGUUUACACGUCGGCCGGGGUCGAGCCUGUACACGCUGACCACUGCGUCUCCUCCAGUCACUGCGUCUGGUCAGGUAGCUGCGUCGGGUCACGUGUUUGCUGCAGCGUCUAGCCCUACGUGCAUCCCCUGUGUCGAGGGGCGGCAGCGGGCUGCCCCUCACUCCUCUCAGUUUCCUCCGACAGAGGCCCCGCUGCAGACGCUUCACAUGGACGUGUGGGGCCCGGCUCGCGUCCGUGGACAGGGUCACGAGCGCUACUUCCUGCUGGUGGUUGACGACUACUCGCGUUACACCACAGUCUUCCCCUUGCGCAGCAAGGGUGAUGUCACUAGGGUGUUGAUCGACUGGAUCCGCGCAGCUCGUCUCCAGCUUAGGCGGAGCUUCGGCUCGGACUUUCCUGUUCUGCGUCUGCACUCUGACAGAGGCGGAGAGUUCUCUUCGGGCCUUCUGCGAGCCUACUAUCGUGCACGAGGCAUCCGCCAGACCUUCACGCUUCCGGACUCUCCACAGCAAAAUGGGAUUGCUGAGCGCCGCAUUGGCAUGGUCAUGGACGUCGCCCAUACGUCCAUGAUGCAUGCGGCUGCCCCCCAUUUUCUGUGGCCGUUUGCGGUCCGGUACGCGGCGCAUCAGAUCAACCUUCAGCCCAGGGUCUCCAUGCCAGAGACCUCCCCAGCUUUGCUGUGGACGGGGAAGGUUGGCGAUGCGUCUGUGUUCCGUGUCUGGGGAUCUCGGGCGUUUGUCCGCGACUUGUCUGCGGACAAGCUGACCCUUCGUGCUGCUCCCUGCGUCUUCUUGGGUUUCCCCCCUGACGCGCCAGGGUGGCAGUUCUACCACCCCACCUCUCGCCGUGUUCUGUCCUCCCAGGACGUCACGUUCGACGAGUCGGUCCCCUACUACCGUGUGUCCGAGGUAGACACUGUUGAGCCUGUCGAGGUCGCUGGUGACUCUGGUGCUGCUGAGGGUGCUGAGCCUGGGGGUGCUGACUCUGGGGGUACUGAGCGUGUGGGUGCUACGCCUGGGGGUGCUGAGCCUGGGGGUGCUGAGCCUGGGGGUGCUGAGCCUGGGAGUGCUGAGCGUGGGGGUGCUGAGCGUGGGGGUGCUGAGCCUGGGGGUGCUGAGCCUGGGGGUGCUGAGCCUGGGAGUGCUGAGCCUGGGGGUGCUGAGCCUGGGGGUGCUACGCCUGGGGAUGCUACGCCUGGAGGUGCUAAGCCUGGAGGUGCUGAGCCUGAGGGAGCUGGGCUUGCUCGUGUGGCGUCUGGCGGUGCUGUGCCUGGCGGUUCUCCGGGUGCUUCGUCUCACCGGGAGCCACUCUCUCCACAGGAGCUGCUUGAGUGGUUUGCCCGGCGCUGGAGGCGAGCUGCUGGAGCUGGAGGUGCUGCGGGUAUUGGAGGUUCUACUGCUGCUGAAGGUGCUGGUGCCGCAGGUCCCGGAGGUGCUCGUACUGGGAGUACUGGAGCUGCUGGGCCUGCGGGUACUUCUGGAGUUGGAGCUGCUGCGGGUGUUGGCGCUGAGGCUACUGCUGUCGGUCCUGGAGGCGGUCCUGCUGGGGGUGCUACAGGUGCUGCUGGAGGUACUGGAGCUGGAGGUGCUACUGGUGCUGGUGCUGCCGCUGGGGGUACUGGUGCUGUCCCUGCUGUGUCUGGAGUCGCCGCGCGGCCUCGGCCGUACUUCGUUCCGCUCCUUCAGCAGCCGGCCUCCCCACUGCCUGCUCCGUCUCCCUACACUGGUCCUACUGGAGGUCUUGCUGAGCGUCGUGAGCCUGCGUCUCGCCCUGCGUCGCCUGUCCGUGCUGCUCGCACUAGUGGUCGCGGUUCGCGUCAGCGUCCUCCUCCUGUCCCUGGCACGCUCCGGAUGUCUCUACGUCCGUCCAAUGCUCCUCUGCGUGCCCCUUUACCUUCUCCUCCUGAGUCUUCUCUUCCUGCUCUUGCCGACCCCGAGUCGGACUCUCUUUGUGGUGCCAGUCCUACUGUCAUGCGUCUCCUUGCUACUAUUGUCACUGACCCUUCCUUUGAGUCCACUGCUGCGUCUGCCCUAGUUGCUGAGCUCGUCGACUUUGCUGCUCGCUGUUGCCUAGACUACGCCGCCAGUCUUGUUGCUGAGUCUGAGUCUGUCUGUCCUCCGGCCGUCGGGGGUGAGUGUGCCCUUGGCACGGACGUCCUUGAGGACAGGCAGGAGGAUUUCCAGUGUCUGGCUGCUGCUUCACCUCAUCUCGUGUCCGUACUGCUUACCCCUGAGGGAGACCCGGAUGCACUUGACACCCCGACUCCGCGCUCUUACGCGGAGGCGAUAGAGGGUCCCUACUCCUCUCAGUGGCAGGCAGCUAUGGACGCAGAGAUGGCUUCCUGA